AGUAAUAUGUCUGGACGUGGUAAAGGAGGAAAAGGACUAGGAAAAGGAGGCGCUAAGCGUCAUCGUAAGGUGUUGCGUGAUAACAUCCAAGGUAUCACCAAACCGGCUAUCCGUCGUCUUGCUCGUCGUGGUGGUGUCAAGCGUAUAUCUGGUCUUAUCUACGAAGAGACCCGUGGUGUAUUGAAAGUAUUCCUUGAGAAUGUCAUCCGUGAUGCUGUCACAUACACCGAGCAUGCCAAAAGAAAGACCGUCACCGCCAUGGAUGUCGUCUACGCCUUGAAGAGACAAGGCCGAACCCUGUACGGAUUCGCCAUUUUUGAAGCGAACGCGCCAUACUUUACGGACGUGAUCUUAGGCAUUCGCUCAACCAAUCAUGUUGGUUGUUCUAAGAACGUCUCACUAUAUAAGCACAUUGCAUUUUCGAAAUUGGACAUCAAUUUCAAAUUGAAAAUAACAAUGGCUCGUACUAAGCAAACUGCUCGUAAAUCUACCGGAGGAAAAGCUCCCCGAAAACAACUUGCUACCAAGGCAGCACGAAAAAGUGCACCAGCCACCGGUGGUGUCAAGAAACCUCAUCGCUACAGGCCUGGAACUGUCGCUCUUCGUGAGAUCCGUCGAUACCAAAAGAGUACUGAGCUUCUCAUCCGCAAGCUCCCAUUCCAACGUCUAGUUCGUGAAAUCGCCCAAGACUUUAAAACCGAUCUCCGAUUCCAGAGUUCUGCUGUCAUGGCUCUUCAAGAGGCUAGCGAAGCUUACUUAGUCGGUCUUUUCGAAGAUACUAACUUUGCAGUACUUCCUAAUAUGUCUGGACGUGGUAAAGGAGGGAAAGGACUUGGAAAAGGAGGCGCUAAGCGUCAUCGUAAGGUGUUGCGUGAUAACAUCCAAGGUAUCACCAAACCAGCUAUCCGUCGUCUUGCUCGUCGUGGCGGUGUCAAGCGUAUUUCUGGUCUCAUUUACGAAGAGACCCGUGGUGUAUUGAAAGUAUUCCUUGAAAAUGUCAUCCGUGAUGCUGUCACAUACACCGAGCAUGCUAAAAGAAAGACCGUCACCGCCAUGGAUGUCGUCUACGCCUUAAAGAGACAAGGCCGAACCCUUUACGGUUUCGGUGGAUAAGCUGCCCCUCUUCCAUCAAACAAACCAAACGGCUCUUUUCAGAGCCACCAUUUGAACUAAAAGAGAAUGAUUGCUUUUCACCUUAUACACAUUAUUAUUGGUGGCCUAUACUAUACACCUACAUUUACAUGUACAAUGGUUGAAUGGAAUAGGGUCAGGCCAGCCACUAUAUUAUUUGUUCGUUUUAUUCGUAACUCGUCCUCGAUAUUUUGAGGGUUUAUUUUGUUUUCCUUCUGAAAGUUAUCAAGUAGUAACAAUCAAGGAUAAAAGCUACGAAUAUAGUUAAUUAUAGAUAUGCAAAUACAGUUUUUGUUACUCAGUGCCAUCUCUUAGCUAACAGACUUCCAGUAGAAGACACCCACAAUUAUCAAAGAACAAUGUGAUUCUUUGUUUUUAAUUGCCCACAGGCUAACUCCGGCCAUCAAGAUUUAGAUGAGGCCCACGCAAUAUUGCUAAAAAUCAUUUUACCGGCCGAGUUUCUGUUAAUAGCAAAGCUACCAACUAUUCUGGCAUAUUAACAAGUCUGGCUGUUUUUCUGAGUGCUUGCUGUAUCUAGUGGCGUGGAGUAUUGACAUGGGAGGAAACUAAUGCUGGAGAUAAAGGAUUAAGGGUAUACGGACAUAAACCACCCAGGACA